AUGGCUACCCCUGCACCCAGCACUGUGAACAAGACCGCACACCCCUUCGAAAAGCCCCGUCUAGAGGCGCUUCUGAAUCGCAGGUUCUUCUACGCGCCAGCUUUCGAAAUCUAUGGUGGCGUGGCUGGCCUGUACGACUACGGCCCACCAGGCUCCUCGUUGCAAUCCAACAUCAUCUCAGAAUGGCGGAAACACUUUAUCGUCUCGGAAAAUAUGCUUGAACUUGAUACAACUAUAAUGACUCCCGCACCUGUGUUUGAGACAUCUGGGCACGUAGCAAGAUUCGCCGAUUGGAUGGUCAAGGACGUGGUCAAUGGGGAGGUUUUGAGGGCCGAUCAUCUGGUUAAGGGCGUGCUGGAGGGGAGACUAGAGGGCAACAGGGAGGCCAGAGGGUUGGAGGCAAAAGCAAAGGAGGAAGGAGAGGAUGCAAAGAAGAAGAAGAAAUCGAAGGUUAAAGUCACUGCCGUUAAGCUGACCGACGAGGUCGUGAAGGAAUAUGAGAGUAUCCUCGCAAAGCUAGAUAAUUACUCCGGCCCAGAGCUGGGUGAGCUUUGUCGAACCCAUCACAUCAAGAAUCCGGAUACGGGGAACGAUGUUAGCGAGCCCCAGCAAUUCAAUCUUAUGUUCGCUAGCAGUAUUGGCCCAACCGGCCAACAUCCAGGUUACCUCCGUCCAGAGACUGCGCAGAGCCAUUUCCUCAACUUCUCUCGAUUGCUCGAUUUCAAUAACGGUCGCAUACCAUUCGCUUCGGCGCAGAUCGGACGGUCUUUCCGCAAUGAGAUCUCUCCCCGGGCUGGGUUGCUUCGUGUACGCGAGUUCACUAUGGCGGAGAUAGAACACUUCGUGGACCCGGAGGACAAGCGGCACGAGCGUUUCCACGAGGUGCGAGACGUCGUCCUUGUUCUUCUGGACCGACACGUCCAGGCUGCGGGCAGGACUGAGGUGGUGAAUAUGAGCGUUGGUGAGGCGGUGGAUAAAGGCAUAAUCGCAAAUGAGACGUUGGGCUAUUUCUUGGCUCGUAUAUAUCAAUUCCUCCUCAAAAUUGGUAUCGACCCACAACGACUCCGUUUCCGACAACAUAUGGCCAACGAAAUGGCUCACUACGCCACCGACUGCUGGGAUGCUGAGAUCGAGAACUCUACGGGCUGGACGGAGUGUGUAGGCUGUGCCGAUCGUGCCGCGUACGACUUGACUGUGCACUCGCAGAAGACUGGGCAUCCUCUGGUCGUCAGACAAGCCUUGAAAGAACCAAUCGUCUCGGAAAAAGAAGUGGCAGAGUUCGACAAAAAACUUUUGGGGAAGACUUUCAGAGGGGAUGCCGGUGUAUUAUCAAAACUCGUUGAGUCCAUGGACGAAUCGGCUCUUCUGAAACUGAAAGGAGAACUUGCUCAAGGUCCCGCGGUCGUUAGCACCCCCGAUGGCAAAGAAUUCACCCUCGCACCAGAAUUAUUGACAAUCGAACGUAGAACAUUCAAGCAAUCAAUACGAGAGUUCACCCCCAACGUCAUCGAGCCAUCGUUUGGUUUAGGUCGAAUUCUGUACACGCUGCUGGAGCACUCUUUCUGGUGCAGAGAGCAGGAUGUAGAACGCGGGGUCCUGUCUCUGCCACCUCUCGUGGCUCCCACUAAAGUUCUCAUCGUGCCUCUCAGCGCACGGCAAGAAUUUGAUCCACUGGUCCAUGAAGUCUCAAUGAAGUUUAGAAAUGCCGGAAUAUUCUCUCGUGUGGACGAUUCGAACACCUCCAUCGGCAAACGCUACGCCCGAAAUGAUGAGUUGGGCACGCCCUACGGAGUCACCCUAGAUUUCGCCUCCGUACAAAACCGGACGAUGACGCUGCGGGAGCGAGACACCAUGGAUCAAAGAAUUGGCCCGAUCGACGAAGUGAUUGCGACUGUCACGGAACUCGUGCAGGGGACCAUCGACUGGGACGAAGCAUGCAAGAGAUUGCCGGCGUACGAUGGUGUCCAGGCUGUCGAGUAA